AGGCUUCGUUUCUUAAGUCCUAGAAGGUGAGCUCUGUUGAAAUAUGGAGAAAAUCCUCAUGGCUUAGAGGUUUCUGUUCUAAAGCUCAUUCCACAGGUACAUUGGUAUUUUGUUGGAAAUCUGCCGGGCUCUGUGCUCCAGGCAGUACUUUUGUACAGAAAAGUAUAGAACAACUUCAUUACUUUGUUUCUUUCUUCCUCCUUUGAAUGUUUCACAGACCAUUACAAACAUUCAAGCUUUGUUUUCAUUGAAUGAUUAGUAGAUAUAUUUUUUCCUCUAAUUUUUCUUUUGUGUUUACUUUGUUCUUGAUAACUGUUCCAUAUAUAGUUGCCUUACCAGUUUCCCACAUGUACAUACGUGACUCAUGUAGUCUGUCCUGUUGAUUGUGUGGGUUUUCCACACAGCAGCAUGAGGGAAAAAAAAAUCUCUGGAAUUUAUUAACAAGGUGCAGCAGCUGAAAUUUUUCAUUCUUUCAUUUAACAUAAUUGUUUUCUGUGGCUUUUGCAAGGAGAAAAAGGUGUCUGAUUCUCCUAGUUUUGGUCUAACAAGCUGUCAGUUAUCUUUAGUUGUAAGGUAACAGAAUUCUAGUGACAGAUUCAUUUUUGAAUGAAUUGAUUUAGGGGGGGGAAAUGAAGGUUAGGGUUUUCCAUUCUUGUCUUUAGACUUUCUAAUUUUUUUUGCUGUUCUUUGCUUAUCCUGCAUUCCAUGCACAGAGAAGGAAGUAACUGGUUGAUCUUUCUAGUUGCCACUGUAAAGGAAUGUACGGUGUGGGGCUUGGGAGUUUUUAAACUUUUCUGCAUUACACCAGCUAGUCACAGCAAUAUAAUUUCACACAUUAUAGUGACCAGUGUAGAAAUAACUGGUUUUUUUACCAAGUGCCAGUCCCCUGCAUUUUACUAUUGUUCCUUUUUGUCAUUCUUGACUGUUUUGCAUAAGUAGUUACCAAUAAGGCAGGUGAUCUGGGCUAUGUGUCAGAGUGACUGAUGGCUGAAGGAGAAGAGACAGAAUGGAAGAUGCUUGCCUUGUAAGUAUUUCACAUUAUUACAUACCUCAUGAAGACUUAGCAGUUAAUUAAGGUCUUCCUAUUGCUUGUGUUGAUAAACUGCUGGGUUUUUAGUAUUUUCAUAGAAUCAUGAAAUGGUCUGGUUUGGGAGGGACCUUCAAGCUCAUCCAACUCCCCUGUCAUAGGCAGGGACACCUUUCAACUCCGCUGUCAUAGGCAGGGACACCUUUCACUAGACCAGGUUUUUCAAAGCCCUAUCCAGCCUGGCCUUGAACACUUCAGUGGAAGGAACCACAGCUUCUCUGAAUAACCUGUUCCAAUGUCUCACCACCCUCACAGGGAAGAAUUUAUUUUUAGUAUCAUGAUUUAUAAUCAAACCCUACCCUCUUUCAAUCUAUAGUCUGUGGGAAAAGUGAAAAAAUACUAUGAUACUUGAAUUACAGUCAACUAUUAUUUGAGGGUUUUGCCAGUUAUUGAUAGAAGAGAGUUUAGAAGCUGUGUGACAUGUGGCAUUGCAGCAAGCACUGAGAGGCCACAGACCAAUGGUAUCAGGGAAAUAAGUUAUUUAUAUCCAUGUUUUGCGUUUGUUAACAAAAUGAGUGAGCUGACCCUUGUACCAACAACCUGGAAUGUUCUUUCUCCCUUAGUGUGAAGGACAUCUAACUCUUCAGAGAGCUGCCUGGAUACUGUUGUAAUAUCAGCCAGGAUCACAAAGGUAAAGGGAAUCUUGGCAGUACCCUGUGGUUAAUCCCAAGGUUUUCAUUUUUGACAUCAGAUGCUGCCUGUAAGGUGGAUUGAAUUGCAGCAUGAUCAGAUACAGAAGUACAGACCAAGGAGGUUUUAUAGAUUUGAGGCAGCUAGGAAUUAUUUAUUUCAUGUCACUUAUGAAAUAGUAGCUAUCAGCCAGCACUAUAGUAUACCCACUUAGUAUCUAAUUUUUGUUGAUGGAAUAAUGUCCAAGGGGUUAGGAAAAAGAAGGAAAAAAUAGUCCAAGGGGUUAGGAAAAAAAAACAAACAACCAUGCUCUAAGUGGUGCAUAUUUUGUCAUUUGGCGGCUUUCUGCUAAGGCUCUCCUACAAGGUGAGCAAAGUCAGAUGGUUGAUUUUGAGGUAGUAAAAACUGACCAGUGGCAUCUCCUGACUCCCCAGAAUGAGAAGCACUGUUAGACACAACCCUCUGAGAACAGAAUGCCCAAGAGUUAUAACACUUCAAAUCUAACUUUUUGUAAAUUAGGGAGUAGGGAGCUAAGGCUGUUCUAAAGUUUUGAAAUUGAUGUUGACCUUUUCAAGGCUGCAGAGAAAGACAGAAGCCCAGAUUAAGUUUGGUGGAAGCAGCUGGAUUUUUAGAACUAAAUAAAGCUUCCCUCAUUUGUACAACUUAGGUAGCCUGAAUCCAUGAGUUUCCUGAACAGUUAGUGUAGUAAUGACCAAAAAAAUAUAUUUAGCCUAAGCCACAAAGUGGCAACUGGAUGUAAAUAGAGUAACAGUUAGAGGUGGUAGCAGUUUUGAGUAAACCAGGGAUAAGAAAUUGGAUAAGAAUAUUAGUUCCUAAAUGGGAACAAGUAUAAGAGAUGCAAGCUGCAAACAUUAUUUCACAGAAUCCAUUAGGUUGGAAAAGACUUCUGAGAUGAUUGAGUCCAAGCUUUGACCGAACAUACCUUGUCAACUAGACCAUGGCACAGUGUCAUUGCUUGACAACCCCUUCUGUGAAGAAAUUCCUCCUGAUGUCCAACCUGAACCUUCCCUGGGGCAGCUUGAGGCUGCUGUCUUCUCAUCUGGUUGCCUGGAAGAAGAGAGGCUGACUCCCACCUGGCUACAUCCUCCUUUCAGUGUCUGAGGAGGUACAGACGGCUCCCGAUCUUCUCCAUUACUUGCCAUUUCAUUCUUUGGACUAUAAAUGACAGAGGAACUGAAGUGCUAGCAGAGGGUAAUGUUUGGAAAACUUUCUAGUUAUUCAUCAGCACAGACUCUGGGUUUUUUCCACCUUUCCCCAACGGUUUUGGACAUGCAAGGAUUAAGAAGGAUACUGACUGCUUUCACACUGGCUGUCUGCCUUUCAAGCCCGGGAAAAGCACAGCAGCAAUGCACUAAUGGGUUUGACCUGGACCGUGCCUCUGGGCAAUGCUUAGAUAUUGACGAGUGUCGGACUAUUCCUGAGGCCUGCAGAGGAGACAUGGUGUGUGUCAACCAGAACGGUGGCUAUUUGUGCGUGCCCCGAACAAACCCGGUGUACCGCUCGCCGUACCUGAGCCCCUACUCCAACGUGUACCCACCGCCCCCAGCUCCAGGCCCUGUUCCCAACUACCCCACUGCCACCCGGCCUCUGAUCUGCCGGUUUGGGUUCCAGCUGGAUGAAAACAAUCAGUGUGCUGAUGUGGAUGAAUGUGCUUCAGAUUCUCACCAGUGUAACCCCACCCAGAUCUGCAUAAAUACUGAAGGGGGCUAUACCUGUUCAUGCACUGAAGGCUACUGGCUGUUAGAAGGCCAGUGUUUAGACAUAGAUGAAUGUCGCUACGGCUACUGCCAGCAGCUGUGUGCCAACGUGCCCGGUUCCUACUCCUGCACGUGCAACCCAGGCUUCACCCUCAAUGACGAUGGGAGAUCGUGCCAAGAUGUGAAUGAAUGUACAAGUGAAAACCCUUGCACUCAGACCUGUGUCAACACCUAUGGCUCUUUUCUCUGCCGCUGUGAACCUGGCUAUGAACUGGAAGCUGACGGAGUUAACUGCAGUGACAUGGACGAAUGCAGCUUCUCAGAGUUCCUCUGCCAGCACGAAUGUGUGAACGGGCCUGGUUCUUACUACUGUACCUGUCCUUCGGGCUAUAAUUUGCUUGACGACAGUAGGAGCUGCCAAGAUAUCAAUGAAUGUGAAAUCAGAAACUUCACCUGCACUUCACAGCAAACAUGUUUCAAUAUCCCAGGAGAAUAUAAAUGUUUAGACCCAGUACGAUGCGAGGAGCCUUAUCUCCAGAUUAAUGAGAACCGCUGCAUGUGUCCAGCUGAAAACCCUGGGUGCAGAGAUCAGCCGUUCACCAUCCUGUACAGAGUGAUGGACAUGGUGUCUGGGAGGUCUGUGCCUUCGGAUAUUUUUCAGAUGCAAGCAACAACUCGCUACCCUGGAGCCUAUUACAUCUUCCAAAUCAAAUCAGGGAACGAGGGCAGGGAAUUCUACAUGCGGCAAACGGGACCAAUCAGUGCUACUCUGGUGAUGACCCGGCCCGUGAAAGGGCCCCGCACCAUCGAGCUGGACUUGGAAAUGAUCACUGUUAACACCGUCAUCAACUUCAGAGGGAGCUCUGUCAUCCGGCUGAGGAUAUUUGUAUCACAGUACUCCUUCUAAACCGCCAGUUUGUGCCCUGGAAACAUUAAGCCAGAAGAGACAGUUCCUCCUCUGCAGAGCUCUCUCCUCAAAAGCCAGUACCUAUAGCAGCUCCAGACCAAAUCACCAUUUCCACAGAGCCGCUGACCUAUGCCUGUCUAGAGGCCUCUUCAUGCACAGUCCCAGCCAGGAUGCAAACAUCUGAAGAUCCCAUAUGAUUAUCUGUGUGGUCAUGUAUUUUAAGGACUCUUCUUCUCACUGUAAACACGUCUAGGGCAUGAGUCUAUGUGAAAGACUGUGAACCUUUGUAGCUCCAAGGCUGCUUAGCAGAAAGCACCAAAAAACUGAGGAAAAAGCUGGCUUUUGCAAUCUUGCCUUUUUAAAAUUUUUCUUCAUUAUAAAUGAAAAGCAGGCAAACAAGCAGAAACAGAAACAAAAAACCCACCUAUUGAAACAAGGGACCUCAGGAGUCCCAAUUUGCAUUCUCAAUUAUCUCUGGAAUUAUCAGUCAGGCACUUUGUUUCAAUUCACCCUGCAUUUGUCUUAGUUUCACCUGGUCUUUUUCAUUCUAUUUUAUAGUUAAAAUUAAUUGUAAAUUCAUUCCAAAAAAACGUGUUGUACUAUGUAAUCUUUUGCUUUCUGACAAAGUGUCACAUGUUUGGGUUCCUUUCUGUAUUAAAUCUUUCUAUAUAACAGAGUUCAUAGAAACCUAUCACUGGAUGGUGUGUUUUACAACAUUUAGGAUUUUAUGCUUAUUUACACUCAAGAUCUUUGACACAGGCUUCCACUGCCAGAAUAGUGUCCAGCAUAAGUAGGGACUUUAGAGCAGAUAAGAACCAGAAUUUUAUUUUUCCCUGUUUUCCUCAGUGUGAUAGUUGCAAACAGUGUGUAAUGGCUACAAGGUAGUAAUACUAACUCUGUAGGUAUGGAUGUAAUUAAUCUCCUGUUCAACGACCACUCAGGUCAGACCUGAAAAUAUUCAGAAAAUAUUAAUUGGGUUGGGUUUUUUUCCACUUGCAAUCUCUCUCCUACACUUCUGACAUGGGGGGAAAUAGCUGAAAAGGACUAGGAGCAGUCCUACUUAUGCUUCUACCACAAAGCAGUCCAGCCUAUACCAGUACCCCAAUCUCAAAUAGUGGGAUCCCACAGUUUUCAUGGGCAUUGUCUUCUCAGGUAUAACUGCUGUAACCAAAAAAAAAGAUUCUUCUAAAAUCUAAUCUGAAUCUCCAUUGUAAUCUGUUGCUUUUUAGCCUACUUCCAGUAGAAAUUGAGAACAGUUUAUCUUCCCCUUUGCAGCAGUCUAACGUGUCUGAAGACUGUUGUCAUGUCCCCCCUCAGACUGUUCUUCUCUAGUCUAAACAAACCCAAUUCUUUUGGUCUUUCCUCAUACAUCACAUUUUCUGGACCUUUGAUCAUUCUUGUUGCUCUCAUCUGGAUUCUCUCCAGUUGGUUCACAUCUUUUUUGAAGCACAGCGCCCAAAACUGUGAAAAGUAUUCCAGCUAAGGCCUUUCAGUGCUAAGCUAAAUCUAUACAUAUGUUUAAUAGUUUGAAAAAAAAUUGAAAAUUGUAUAGUUGGAAGGUAUAAUGCUUGUUGAAGCCACUGGCACUUUGGUCUUUUAUUUUAAUAGGGAUGAGGGUUUAUAUGCCUUGUUCUUAAAUCUGUUUGAAACAAGCUCUUUUACUUUGUUUUUCCUUACUGGCUUUUUGGCUCUCUAGCAUUACUAGGACAGGAAGGAUAACCUUUGCUUGUCUUUUGAGAACUGGAAGUGCUCAGUGCUACUUGGGAGAGGUUUACAAAGAUUAUAAUGUGAGCAACUAGGAGCAGAGUAGCAAUGUGAGGUCUUCAUUAAAGUGGAGUAUUAAAUGGGAGAAUACAGACUUGGAAAGUUAUUACAACACAGACUGCAUGAUACAAUCAGAAACCUGCCUCUUGUUCCUAGUAAGAUUUGUGAAUUAGUAGAAACUCUGCUCUUUUUCCUUGUACUCAGCUUGAAGGAAGCCCUGAUGCUCUCAGCAAUGAAACACUGAGUUUAGCAGCUUCCGUUGCUUAAUGGUUUAAAGGUUUUCUCUCUGCUGCUACAACAUCCCAGGAUGCUGUGGCUCAGAGCUCUGUCCUUUAUUGUAAAAACAAAAAGGCUGGAGACUGACUCCAGGGUUUAGUGAGCCAAGCUGAAGGCAGAAAGCCAAUGAGUUUUAUGAGCAGCUGACUUGGAGGAGAUAAAUGCAGAGGAAAUGGGCAGAGAAAUAUCAAAACCAAGAAUUUGUUUCCUGAGUGUAUCAUGGCUCAUCAAGUACCACAGUCUUGGAGGGAAAAAUAGAGAUGAUUGGGAAGGAAGAAUGAUAAUUUAUAACUAUGGGACUAAAAGUGCUCCUGCUCCAGAUGAUGGAAAUAAAACAUGGGAAGCAUGCAGGCUCUGGUGGACCGGAUAGCAGCCGUGGGGCAGGCAGGGUCUUGCACUGAAAAUGUCCAACCCUUAAAAUGCUGACAGCUUUCCCAGUGCUUAAAAUCCCCUCUUCCCCCUUUUUUGGGACCUUGUAUGGCUUCUUCAUGUCCAGUUGAGAAGUCCUCUUUUCCUGCCACCACAUCACCUCCUGGAGUGGAAGCACACCCAGUAGGACAUCAGACAGUUUGUCACUUCUGGCCUGUUCUCCCAUGGCCCCCACAUACCAACCUGAUUUAACCCUAAUUUAGAAACAUCAAAACCCAGAGGAAUUCCAUAACAAAACACCUUGUUAAAAGAGUAAAGCUUGAGUGCUUGGUUUUAGCAGGGUCCAGCAAAUACUCAUAAAACAAUAUUACACUUUCUAUAUAAACAUUCUGCGCCUUAAAAAAAAAGUGAAAAGUCUGGAAACAAAGGAAUUCAGCCACUUCUCAACCGCCAUAACAUCUUUCAUCACUCACUAUCACUCCAGCCAACUUAAACUUUGCCAAAAUAUAUGCCAAUCUCAAAAUAAUAAAUUACUAGCAGUUUAUAACAUCUAAACUCUCCAUUUCCUAGUCAGGGGUCUGUUUUCAAUAGACCAUUGCAGACUCAAAUAUUACAGCAAUUCUCACCAAAUAAAAAAAGCAGACUACGCAUGUCAGGUUUUUACAGCAUGAAAGCUAAAAAUGUAAACAUGCAACUGUUUCAUAUAUUCAUGUUGUUCUUUGAGGCCAGGACUCCUCAAAAGCAGACAGAAUUCCAGGUCUGCUCAGAAAAUGAUUCUUUAAUCCACUGCUGAUGAUUUUCUAACAUGAAGAGUUUUGCCAUAUGGUUAAUGGCCAGUAUUGUGACCAGCACCAAGGGAGAGCACAGACUCUGAUCUGGGUGUGUGGGGCUUCCCUCUGGCUCUGCUUGCUCAGGCUGGCAGAGCUGUUCCCUUGUCAAGCAGGGAAGGGACAGCUCUUUGCCCCUCCUGCCUGUCAGCUGUCAUGUCUGUUUGAACAUAGGUUCUCAGCAGAAAAACUGCCCUCCACUGUGUGUUUGUACAGCACCUAUUGCCAAUGCAAUAACUGGAAUAAAGGUAAAAGAAAGCAGAUAUGGCAGUAAUCUUUGAUAUAGAUCACAAUAAUUGAGAAGGAGAAGUUAUAUUGAUAAAUGAAAAAAUUGGUUCAUGCUAGUUGGGUUAGGUGCCAGAGGGAGUAGAAUGAAUCCUAUCAUCUGCUUAUUUGACUUUGAGAUGUUUUUAGGGAAUUGACCUUUUUGACUUUUAGACAACAAAAUGUUAUUUCACCCAUGAGUUUCCUGAAUCCCACAGAAUCACCUUUCAACUGGUGAUUUUCACUGACUACAAUAAACUUGUUUAAAAAAUUCAACUUCUUUUGAGAACCUGGUCACCCACCAUCACUGAGUAUAGUGUCCAGGGCCAUUCAUACAAGCUCUCUCCUCUUCAGCUGAAGUCCUGUAUUCAUAUUUACUUUUUUUUUUUUUUGACUUAGUCUUCAGAAGAGCCAACAUUUAUUGUCUCACAAACAUGGUAUCAGCAUCAGCAGAACUUUUAUAAUAAUUUUUCUCUGUCUAGAGCUGGCAGAACAGUACAAUCAGUAGAAUUUGUGGUCAUGCAAGUUCUCCAGUCUGGCUUAUUCACAGAAUAUGCUACUGAAAUCUUCACAGCAUGUAGCUGUAUUAUAGCACAAGGGAAAUAACAUAAUGUAAAGAUGUUUUAAAAAAAGGAAUAAAAGUAUGCUCUAAUUUUAUUCAAUCCUGACAGGCAUUAUUGUCAAAAUACAUCUCUAUCCUCUAUGGACAAACCCCUCAGAUGGUGUUAAUCUGCAUGACUGAUGCUUUUCAAUGAAAAGACAACAAGCAUCCUUAGACUCUUCCCUGUGUUCGUGUAAAGCACUGCACAUGUAUCUGUAUACAGGAGCAUUUACAGCAGCUGCAGAAGUGGUGGUGUCGCUCUGCAUUUGGAAGUCAAAGAGCUGUAAAGCAACAUGGCACAAGCAAAUUCUGUUUCCUCAUCCGACACAAGUCCAGACAAGUGUUUUACACCCAUUACAUUUUGUUGUUGUAAGGCUUUGAACCAAUUUUGAAUAGCUCAACCCCAAAGCAGGUGCCAUGUAUGAAGACUGAGCAUGAUGGCCAUAACUAGACUUUUGGAGACUCUGCAGAAAGUCUGCCUCAGAAACAUGACCACGUGCCAAAGGGUCAGUGCCACAGGGAGUGUAAUGGUCCAAAGGCAUUUGUAUGGGGAUGUCAGUGACAGCUGACUGCUCCCUGCACCUGCCCCUUUCCUCUCCUGUGUCAGUGCAGAGUGUAAUUGAAGUUUUUAACUGUGCACAUCAGCUGUGGAAAUCUCACCUAUUCCCAUUCUUAGCUCAAACUUCUGAGAUCCCUCUAGUGGUUUGCAAACUGAUCCCCCUGGGUAAUUCAACAAAUACUGGUGAAGCCACACGAGGGAGAGUUUGGGUACAGCUUUUACACCAGGAAGUAAAUAACGAUGCAGUAACCUCAUUGUAAGAAUCAAGGAAUGCAUCUGAAUAGUGGAGGGAUCUGUAGAAAAUACUACAGCAAUUAAUCACUCCUGAAAUAUUUAAUCUCUUCCAAUUCCCUUUCCCAUAUUCCUGAGGUCACUCUUUUUCCCUUUCUGGUUUGUCCUGGACAAAUGAUCUCAUUAUGCUCAUGCACUGCAAGCACAUGCUGAGUGAACUCCACUUCUUCUCUGGCAUUUAACACUUGCUUUUUGGAGAUCAGUUGUAGGAUAUUUGUCUUUUCUAGGGCCUGACUGACCUCAAUUACUCUUCUCAUAUCCAGGGAAGAUCCAUUAUUUUCCCACCAUGUUAUUCUGCAGCCACCACCUGUUCAAGCUUUUCAUGUGUUUCACUGGAGAUGCAGGCACUGCCGUGCUCUAAGCAUUCUUAUGUGGCCGCAUUUCUCUUCACACAGAAAAGCAGGGCACAACUUCCCAAGGAUAUUUUCUGGGAAUAGCAGUGAGGAACCUCAGAGAAAGAAGAAACAAUUCUUAUCUCAUUUGCUGCACCUGUGUUUGGGCAAAAGUAGAAUGCAAGAUGGAGAUUGUUUACCAAAAGUGAUGGUGGUUUGUUUCCUUGGCCCAUCAGGGCCGAGCGCGUGUGCAGACUGUUGGUCAGUAAACAGUCACGAGAUUCUGGUUAGCUGAGUGGAGUUGAGUGCUUGUGCAGAUUGAGUUUAGAUGUAGUGUAAUAUAGUAUAGAAUAAUAUAGUAUAAUAAAGUAAUUAAUUAGCCUUCUGAUAUCAAUGGAGUCAGAUGCAUCUUUUCUCCCUUCGUCGGCGGUUGCUUGCAUUUACAAUACUCUUACAGCAAAGUAGUAGCUGGGAAUGGCUGACGGGAUUGCCCAGCCUGCUGGUAGAGCCUGCCUUUAUGAAGAGGAUUUUAAAAACCCCACAACUCCUCAGUUUUGAAGGUGAAAGAUGCUCUUCUAAGUAUGGAUUUUCUUUGGAAAUAGCAUCUGUUAUUGCAUUGGCUUGAUAGACUCAAGGCUUUUUAAGAAGUCUGAUAAGGACAUGCUUAUUCAAUACACCCUUAGGCUUUGCAAACCUUGGAUGAUUUUUUUGCAAUUUGCAAACAGAGCAUGUGGCCCAAGUCAGAGAGAGUUCAAUGUGAUCAUCACUGUGCUGAAGUCAGUGAUCACUAAACACCUCACCUCAGGUCUGGAUUUAGCCCGGUUUUAAUUUAAGUCUCAAAUCUCAGUGUCAGUGGUAUAAAUGUAGAUAUGUAUUAUUUUUAGAGCUGAAAGCUUCUUUCCUGUAAAUAAAUAAUAGCAUGAUU